CGCUGAGGGGGAAGGUCAUGCAGCGGGCCAUAUGAAUAACAUGAACGGCCUAGACUGAAGAGAAUGUCUUUCUUGAACAUUUCUGAUUCUUAAAUCUUUAAAUGUUUCGAAAAGAAACUUAAUAGCUCAUAAUGACCACGUUCACAAAGAUCACCGGGGAUGAGACCCCUCUCAUCGAAGUGGACGCCGCGAAGCGCCUGUCCAAGAUAGAUCCCAUGACAUAUGGAGGCUUCACCGAACACAUGGGCCGCUGCAUCUACGGCGGGAUCUACGAGCCAGACUCCCCCUUCGCCGACGCAGACGGUUUCCGAACCGACGUCCUGUCCGCCCUGCGCGAGCUCGACAUCCCAGUAAUACGGUACCCAGGCGGCAACUUCGUCGCGACGUACCACUGGCAAGACGGGAUCGGGCCACGGGCGUCCCGGCCCAAACGCCCCGAGCUAGCCUGGCUCGGCGUAGAGUCGAACCACUUCGGCACCGACGAAUUCAUGCGCUGGCUCGACGUGCUCUCCGAAGGAAAAGCGCAGCGCGUAGAGCCGUACCUGUGCCUAAACUUCGGCACCGGAACACUCGACGAAGCGCUCGCAUGGGUCGAAUACUGCAACGGCACGCGGGACACGUACUACGCGAACCUGCGGCGCGCAAACGGGCACGCGGAGCCAUACCGGGUGAAAUACUGGGCUCUCGGCAACGAAGUAUGGGGGCCGUGGCAAGUCGAACAGAUGACGAAGGAAGACUACGCGAAGAAGGCCGCGCAAUGGGCGAAAGCGCUGCGAUUGCUCGACCCGGAGAUCCAGCUGAUACUGUGCGGACAGGACGGACAGAGUAGCUGGGACCACUACGUGCUGAACCAGUGUGUGGGGUGGGCCGAUAUGCACAGCAUCCACAUCUACACGGCGUCGAACUCGCACCUGAAGAACGCGACCGCGCCACUAGCCGCCGAGCGCGCGAUCCAGAUCACAGCAUCCCUCAUCGACCUUGCGCGGAUCGAGAACAACAUCCCACCCACGAAACCCGCGACGAAGAUCUGCUUCGACGAGUGGAACGUCUGGGACCCAGAGCGCGCGCCGGGCGAUAAGGGCGCUGAGGAGCAGUACACGCUAUCGGACGCGUUGGCCGUGGCAUCGUGGCUGAACGUGUUUGUGCGGCAGUCCAAGUACGUCGGGAUGGCGAACAUCGCGCAGACCGUGAACGUGAUAUCCCCGCUCAUGACGACGGAGAAAGGCGUCGUGCGCCAGUCCACGUGGUGGCCUUUGCUGCUGUAUAGCAAGUACAUGCGCGGACACACCGUAGCCGCGCACGUGCGCUCCGGUUCAUACGUCGGCGAGACGCAGCCCGCGUGGUUGCAGGGGACGCUAGGCGAGCACGGGGCGCCGUGGUUAGAUGUCAGUGCUGCGUUGGGAGAUGACGGGUUUGUUAAUUUGGCUGUGGUUAAUAUUAGCGAGACAGAGGGGUUUGCCGUGGAUCUAAAGGGGGUGGGGAGCAAUGUAUCUGUGUACACCGUGACCGGCUCCGGGAUUAGCUCGACGAAUAAAGAGGGUAAGGAAGAGGUUAGCUUAUCUGAAGGGAAAUGGGACGGGCAGGGGAAAUACACAUUCGCGAAGCACACAUUCACGCUCUUGAGAUGGAAGGCGUGAGCUAGUAGGUAAUAAGCGAC